UUGCGCACUUACCUAUUUAUUUGUCAUAAAUGCAACAGCUUUUUAACAGUAUAGCUGAAAUUAAUUGAUUUAAAUCGUUGUUAUAUUUAAAUAAUUAACUAAUCUUCGGUGCAGUGAGGUUUACAUAGUACAAUUAAACGUUUAUUUUGUCCAGCUUCUCGUUCGGACCACUUUUAGCUGACACAUGGCCAGCGCUGGCAUAACGUUGGUUGGCAACACUGGCUUGUAGCUGUCGUAACAGGCCGCUUGCAUUUAGUUUUUAUUUAGUUUUAAAAAUAUGAAUAAAAUAACGCGUGCUUUUAUUGGCGUACUGCAGCACAGCAAUAACACGUACGCGCUACUCGGUCGCCAGCUAUCCUACAAAAGCGAUUUGUCGCUGGACAAGAUCUAUCCAAAUGCGCGCCUGCAGCUCUUCACGCCGCCGCCGCCGCCGCCCAAAAGCGGCGACAAGUUCAAUGGCUAUAUACCCAUGGAUAAGCUGGAGAUCACGUACAGUCGCAGCUCCGGCCCGGGCGGCCAGCACGUGAACACGGUCAACACCAAGGUGGACGUGCGCUUCAAGCUGGCCGAGGCGCAGUGGAUACCGGAGCAGACGCGCCAAAAGCUGCUGCAGGUGCUGGCCAACAAGCUGAACAAGGAGGGCUACUAUUUCAUCAAGAGCGACCUGACGCGCUCCCAGCAGCUGAACCUGGCCGAUGCGCUCGAGAAGCUGCGCACGGUCAUACGCGCCCAGGAGCUGGACGCACCGAGCGGACCCAGCGAGGAGACGCUGGAGAAGCUGCGUCGUCGCCAGGAGCGAACGGCCAGGCAGCGGCUGCAACUGAAACGCGAUCGUGCCCAGAUCAAAGCGGAUCGUCAGGCGCCAAGCGGCAUUGAUUUUUAAAUUCAUUUUUAAUUUGCAAAAAUUGCUGUUACAUAAACAUUGUUCGGUACGAAUGCGCUUA